AUGGCAGACCAACACGAGAUCGAUCUCGACAACGUAAUUGACCGCCUCCUUGAGGUUCGCGGAAGCCGGCCCGGUAAGCAGGUCCAGCUCCUCGAAUCCGAGAUCCGGUAUCUGUGCACCAAGGCUCGUGAGAUCUUCAUCUCUCAGCCUAUCUUGCUGGAGUUAGAGGCUCCUAUCAAGAUUUGCGGUGAUAUUCAUGGUCAGUACUAUGACCUGCUGAGGCUCUUCGAGUACGGUGGCUUCCCCCCCGAGGCAAAUUACCUGUUCCUGGGCGACUACGUGGAUCGCGGCAAGCAGUCGCUCGAGACCAUCUGCCUUCUGCUGGCGUAUAAAAUCAAGUAUCCCGAGAACUUCUUCAUUCUUCGCGGUAACCACGAGUGCGCCUCUAUCAACCGAAUCUAUGGUUUCUACGAUGAGUGCAAACGCCGAUACAAUAUCAAGCUCUGGAAAACUUUCACCGACUGCUUCAACUGUCUACCCAUCGCCGCUAUCAUCGACGAGAAGAUCUUUACCAUGCACGGCGGUUUGAGUCCUGAUCUGAACUCUAUGGAACAAAUCCGCCGCGUCAUGCGCCCCACAGACAUUCCCGACUGUGGUCUCCUCUGCGAUCUCCUCUGGUCCGACCCGGAUAAGGACAUUACCGGCUGGAGCGAGAACGAUCGCGGUGUCUCCUUUACCUUCGGCCCAGAUGUCGUUUCUCGCUUCCUGCAAAAGCACGACAUGGACCUGAUCUGCCGAGCUCAUCAGGUUGUCGAAGACGGAUAUGAGUUCUUCUCGAAACGCCAGCUGGUCACUUUGUUCAGCGCGCCCAACUACUGCGGAGAGUUCGACAAUGCGGGAGCUAUGAUGAGCGUAGAUGAGAGCCUCCUCUGCUCGUUCCAGAUCCUCAAGCCUGCGGAGAAGAAACAAAAGUACGUUAUGGGAGGUGCCCGGGGAGGUUCUCGACCUACGUCUCCUGGGAAGUCAGCGUCCAAGUAG